GUAACUGAAAAAAAAAUUAAAUUGUCAGUAAUAAAUGCACCUGACUUUUAAGUGUAUUUAACUCCCCUAAGUCAGAUUAGGAAGUGGAUUAGCUCUGUCAUUUUGAGAAGUUCUGCUUUGGGCAAACGUGCUGUGCGACAGACGAAGAAUGGCAAAUUCUGCCUCUUUGAUUUUCCCGACUCUCAUCUAUUUAACGUUUCAUUCUCAAUUAUGUAUUCCUAAAUUCAUCUUCAUUGUAUCAAUUGAUCUCCCAGUUUUCAUCAUUUCAUGGGUCGCAAUAAGGUUGAGUUGAAGAAAAUUGAGGAUUCAAUAUCCCGUCAACAGUUCUAUUCAAAGCGCAAGGAUAGCAUUAUAAAGAAGUCAAAUGAGUUGGCUGUUUUAUGUGAAGCAGAUGUUGGCCUUUUAAUGUUUUCUCCAGACGGUGAAGUGACCAGCUAUUCUAGCAAAGAAAGUGUUGAGGAUAUCAUGCUUCUUGUUGUGAACCAGCGACUCAUUCCAAAUCCAAAUGAACAGCAUUUGAUGCAGAGUCUCACACAGUCAAAAAAUGAAGGAGAAAUGGUUAAGAAGAUAGCUAUUGCCGAGGCUCAUGAGAAGAAGCUUAAUAAGCUCAAACAAACACUAAGUGAAGCACAACAGAAAAUAAGGUAUUACGAACCGCAAGUGGAGAAUAUCAGCUCAGUCCAAGAAGCUGAUGCAUAUAAGCAGUUCCUUAUGAGUGCUAUGGAACAGAUUCAACAAUCAAAAGCAAAACUCUUGGGUGGCCAAGAAUUUCUCCAGAGAAAUGAAUAUGCCGCGGUGGCUUCUGUCAACACAGAGGAUACGGCUGCUGCAGGAAACAGUAGGGGAUGGAAGUUCUGAGGAAACAGACCAGAUUGCGGUGGAGAAGUAGCUUCCGUUGUCCAACAGCUACAACAGGAAUUACGUUAUACUAGUUUAUAAGUUAAGAACUUAGUAGAAUGAAUAACUUGCACUAAUCAAGCAAGCAAAAGUAUGAAUAAUGUUGCAUUUGUCUGUUAUUAAUGCAACUUUUAGAGUUCUUGUAUGGCAUCAAAACAUAGGUAUUGUGUUUUGAAAUAGAAAACAAUUUGGUUUGAUUUGGUUUUUGAUAAUUUUUGCAUCCUCCUAGUUCAUAAGGUUUUCCUUAACCUUUAAAUUAGGAGCUAAAUGUACGAGCUCUGAAAAGAUCAGUUUCUUCUAUUCAUUUCGUAAGUGAUCAAGAAAUCUUAAU